AUGCUCCCUCUAAUACCCCGCCGACGCUCGCUCCAGACACUCUUUCUCUCCUUUCUGUGGUCUCUGCCCUCUCCAUGCCGCUCAAAAGCCGUGAAUGUCACCAUCGACGACUACUACGGCGACAGUCGCACCGGUGCUCUCCCAACAUUCGACCCCGCGGGUACGACUGAGGGCGCGGGGUGCGACUCCUGCAACAUCAACCGAGCAGGGAUAGAUCCCUCGCAGAUCUUCAGAGGCACCUGGCACGAGUCCACGAACCGCGACUCGAGCGACAAGCUCACUAUCACCGCAACAUUCACCGGGACGGCAGUGUACGUCUACAAUGUCAUCGCCAUCAACGAACCUGGCAUCUCGCUCUCCACGAACCUGCAGUUCCUCAUCGACGGUCAGUCGGUCGGGACGUAUGUACGCCAACAGUCGAAUACAGCGACUCCAUCGUUCCAGUACAAUGUGCCCGUCUUCGGGAAGACCGGGCUUUCCAACAGUCAACACACCAUUCAGCUCGUGUCGGCGGAGGUGCAGGGUGUCACGAUCUUUGACUACUUCGAGUACACC